UUCCUGGUUCCCACCGGGGCCAAGAAUGACACCUGAUCCCGGGGAAUUGUGAAAUGGCGUGAGGUGGCAGCCCGCCCGCGGUGGCCGCUGCGCCCACCCCCCGCCGCGAGGGCGGCCCCACCCCUACCCCACGCCCCCGCCCUCGCGCGCGGUUAAAUCCCCGCAUCCGGCGGCGGCAGCGGCUCACACCCGCACCCAGCCCGCACAGCACCAUGCCUGCCUGCCGCCCCGGUCCUCUGGCCGGCGCCCUGCUCCUGGGCCUGCUGCUGCUCGGCCUCCCUCGGGUCCCAGGCGGAGAAGUGGAGAAGACCGGCGUGUGCCCCCAGCUACAGGCGGACCUGAACUGUACGCAGGAGUGCGUCUCGGACGCCCAAUGCGCAGACAACCUCAAGUGCUGCCAGGCCGGCUGCGCCACCAUUUGUCACCUGCCCAACGAAAAGCAGGGUUCCUGCCCCCAGGUGAACACUGACUUCCCCCAGCUCGGCCUCUGUCAGGACCAGUGCCAGGUGGACAGUCACUGUCCGGGCCUGUUAAAAUGCUGCUACAAUGGUUGCGGGAAGGUGUCCUGUGUCACUCCCAUCUUCUGAGCUCCAACCACCAUAGCCCGAGGAGUGGGGGAGUGGAAGUUUCUGUCCAGCCCUGCCUGGCUCCAGCUCGGCUCCAGGCCCGCCGUCCUCUUGUCUUUCUGGCCUGUACACUCCCUCCAGAGCUGAGCGCAGCUUCUUCCUUUUCCAACCAAUAAAGUGACCGCUU